CCGUAUGCUAUUCGGGGCUUACGCGUCAUCCACACGAAUGGGCACCGCGCGAUUGGAAAAAGAACAAAUAUACGCCCCUGGACCUCUGCUCUCUCGAAGCUACCCCAUCCUCUCGGGCAGCGGUCAUCUUUCACCUACACCACCAUGACUACAACACCCGAAGAGAUCAUCAAUCGAUUGCAGGGUAAAUUCGAGAAAGCGCGUGAAGAGGGUGAUCUGUUGUUCUUUCCCUCGACAGUGCAGAAGCAUCAGGAAGGUCAGGUCGAGUAUGAAAUCAGGCUUUGUCCUGCUCUUCAGCACAAACCACACCUCCCCACCCCGCAUUUCGACCCUAGUCAACAGCACUUGGGCGGCAAGCCUGAUCCUUUCGCUCCGCCAUACAUCCCCAAUCUAUAUAUUGGGGAAUUGAAGAGCGAAGAAGAGGGAAACGAGUAUGUCGUAUUGUUGAACAAAUAUUGUGUUAUACCCCUGCACUUCCUUCUGGCAAGCAAGGAGUAUGAGUCGCAGGCAUCUCCUCUGCUCCCCCCUGAUCUGGUCCAAGCGUACCUGCUCUUACUUGCAGCAAAGAAGGAAGGGACCCCGUUCUUCGCUUUCUACAAUUGCGGAGACCGAAGCGGUGCCAGUCAACCUCAUAAACACAUACAAUUCCUUCCGUUGGAAGAUCAGAAUGGCCCACCAACAGAGCGGCUUGCGAAGGCUGCGAAGCUAGAGUCUCCAGAGAGGCCAUUCUCCUUAUCAUCGCUGCCAUAUGCGAACCACAUCUUCCGCCUCCCGUCAAUGUCCACCUCGACGCCUAUCGCCCAAAUCGAAGAGACCCUUUCCCAUUCAUUCUUGUCCCUCGUCGAUCUCGUAAUCUCUACCGUCCGGCAUCAUCCAGACUACCCUGCUGGUACACCGUCUUACAAUGUUCUGCUGACGCUGGAACAUAUGCACUUGAUUCCCCGUGCAGAGGAGAAUUAUACCUUGAAGGAGACCGGUGAUCAGUUGAGCAUCAACGCUGUAGGCUUUGCGGGCAUGCCGCUCGUCAAGAGCGACGAGGAGAUGGAAGCGGUGAAAAAGGAGGGUGUCGGGAAGAUCCUACGAGGCGUCGGGUUGGAAAGCGUCCAUGAGAUCCAGGUUCAAGGUACAGCUCUGGAGGUAGAGCAACUUGUUCAAACCUGAGUAUUUUUCGAUAAUACGUACCCAGCACGCAUAAUAUUACAGGGGAUACAAGCCUCAAAUCCUAUAAUGACAUCGGAAAGUGAGAUACGUAUAUGGAAUUCGCGCAACAACGUGCAUGUGCACUCCUUCAAGAGCGGGUCCAAGCAGUGAUCGUCUGGGCGAAGCCGUUCCUGUUCGCGCUGUUGGGGAUUAUGCCCUGUUCGUUGAUACUUAGCUGAUAAACACUGAAAACUGUGGAGAGACUGUAGAUGGAGACAGUGGAGGACGAGUCAAUGUCGAGGAUCUGCUGCUGGCAGUUAAAGUUGUUAUCGCAAGUCUGGUCGUAAUUCUUAAAGAAGCUGUAGAGCCCAGCACCAAACACCAGAAUAUUGCUGGAUGAUGCUACUCGGAGGGACCACGCUGCGUUCUGGUUGCUGAAGCUUGGGUCGUUGUAUGAGCUCACAAUGCUGAAUGGCGAGGGAGGAGCAGGCGAGGGCUGGUAAUAUGGUGUCUCUGUCUGAAUCAAACCCAGGUAGUGAUUAGAUGCGCCGACAAGCUGAUAGUUGUACAGGGUAUGAUGUUCCGCUUCUGUUCCAAUCAUCCAUACAGGGCCCUUUGACUGGGAAUAGAUUCCACGACCGCUGUACAAAGUGACCUGUCCUUCACCGGAUGCGUCUAAAUCGUGGUCUGCCAGCCACACCCAUGUACCCUCGAGAUAGGCACUUGAACCUGCUGUC